GGUAAUUUAAAACAAAUUAUACACAGUACACUUCUUUCUAAAAGUCUUUUCUCUCUAAUACUUCUCCCCUCCAAAAUCAUAUUAUAAUCUACUUGUUUCCUCAUCAUUUUAUAUAUCUCCAUUAGAUCUUCUCUCUCAUAUUUCUCGAUCUCUUCUUAUAUUUCCCCCCAAACAAGAAACGUAACUCAAAGUAUUUACUUAAAGGAAAGGAGAUAGAAAGAUGGACCACAACCCAAGCCUUCAGAAUAAUAAUGUUUUAAUACUAGUGGUUGUUUGUUUUCUCUUGAUUGUAUUAGUAGGGAUUUUGGCUAAUCAUAAACACCACAAGUCAAGUGAAGCUGACACUGAGGACACGAUGAUCAUGAUGAUGAUUUCUCCUCUCCCUCCUUCGAAUAACGUAAUGAUUCGGAAGACGAUGAGACAACAUUAUUCUCUUAGCCAUCACACUCAUAACUCUAUCAUUUGUGUGAGUAAAAGAGCGGUACCAAAUGGACCUGACCCCAUUCACAACCCCAGGGCCGCACCAAGCAGUGGUCCUUAAUUUGGAAAAGCGACAAUCAACCCUGAGAAGUGGGCUAGCUGAGGUCUGCUUCGCUCGGAUCGACAACCAAGUCCAAUGCAGUCCAUCAUAUAUGUAAAUAUUGAUAAAUAUAUAUUAUAAUAAUAUUAAAUUAAUAUAUACGGAGUAUGAGUAAAUAUAUAUCACCAAUUCACCAGUGUUAUUGAUCUGUUCAGGCAUUAAUGUUGGUUUUGCCUUUUGUCAAAGUAAAAGCGUGAUUAUUGUAGUGUAUUUUAAUUUUUAAUUUCAAUUUUUCAUCUCGUGUAAAAAAAUGUCUUCGGACUUUA